GUCAACACGAAACUAGGAUUACAGGUAUCCAACAGGUGAAGAGGUUUCUCUCGCUCUCCGUGUUCAAACCAUCUGUACCAGCCCAGCUACAAGAUGUCCGAUGAGAGCCCCAAAUCUGGAUUAGUCGACAACUGGCAGGCUGGGAAGACUGUCGCAGAGUGUAAUUUCCACAUGCUCGAAACAGAAGACUUCUGUGACGUCACCUUCCGUGUGGGAUCAGAGAAACAGGUGGUCCGAGCACACCGCUACGUUCUUGUCAGUCGCAGCUGUGUCUUCCAUGCCAUGUUCUGUGGCCCCCUGGCGGAGACUGGGGAGGUAACCAUCCCCGACAUUGAGGCAGACAUCUUCAAAGAGUUCUUAAGGUAUGUGUACACAGACCAGGCCACUAUCGACGCUGAAACAGUCACAGGACUAAAGUACACCUCCAGGAAAUAUUCUCUAGAUGCAUUGUAUAAACUGUGUGAAACGUUCCUAGAAAAGUCCCUGUCAGAAGACAAUGUCUGUCAGAUCCUGGAGGAGUGUCAUUGUUACGGGGAGCUGGACGUGGAACAGAAGGCCCUGGAGAUUCUUACUCAAGGAGGGAAGGAAGUCAUCCAAUCUCCCGGCUUUGUGAAACUUUGCUCUGAUUGUAUGAAUAAGUUUGUUAGGUCAGAUGGUUUAUAUUUGAAAGAGGAAGACGUAUUUGACGCAGUGCUGUCCUGGACAAAGGAAAGAUGCCGGGAGGAAGGUGGGAUUGACACGCCUGAGAACAUACGGAGACUCCUGGGAGAGAUGAGGUAUGAGAUCCGGUUUACAAGCAUCUCCCUGGAGUAUCUGGUGAAGGUUGUCGGGAGAUCUGGCGUGCUGACAGGGGAUGAGCGAAUACGAAUAAUGGACAGAACCAUAGACACAACUGUUGACAUAUCUCCAUAUAAACAUUCACAGAGAAAUAUUAUCGGCUUGAAACGGAAGGCAUCCUGUAAAAGAGUGGAGUGGUUUAACGCAAUUGGGUUUAGUUGCAACACAGGUAAAAUCUCUACUGAGAUAAGUACAAUCUCCUUCUCACCUAGUCGUAGCAUUCUCCUCCUGGGGUGUCCUCUGUAUGGUGCAUUUGCUGUAGAUGCAGAGUAUACACUGACAAUCAGAGUGUAUGACGCCAAUAACGGGGUGAUUGAUGAACCGUUCGUGAAGACAAGGAUGACGCUUCAAGGCAGUAAAGUGUUGAAUGACGUCCUGUUUCCCAGGUUUAUUUCCCUCACAGCAGGUGCGACCUACACUGUGUACGUUGACAUGAAGGGUGUAAGCCACACUGCCACUGGUAGGGAAAGAAAUGCUACAGUAACAGAGGACGGGGUACAUUUCACGUUUACAGACUCUCCAAUGUCUACUACAGACACAUCAACACAGAGAGGAAAGAUACCUGGCUUGUUGUACAGUCUCCCGCUGCCAUAGGCAGUACUGGUGUAUCAGGUGUGUUUCGCUGACUGCUAUGGCGAUGAUAUAUGAUAAUUUGAUACCAAGCAAACCAGAUCAUCUUCCAUAUGAUCAUAUUAACAGGUUUAAUCCCAUUAAAUUCCAUCUGACUAUCAGUGACAUCUGGCUUGAACUCACUGGUGAUGUCGACUACAUUAUAUCUGUGUAGUACAGAGAGUAAAUCAUCACUAAACCAAUUCCCACCUAUACAACAUGGUUGUUAAGAUUUGUAGAUAUAACCCGUAGGUCUAUAUGCCUUUGAGGCAUCUUACAUACUGACGUCAACAGCAUAAUGUAUUGUGCGUGGUUGGAUUGAUGCCUGAAGCUGUAGUGCAAGUCUGUAGUGACGUAAUGAAGGGUGAAGGUCGUUUUGGUUACUCACCGUUUGUAGGGCACGUGAAAACAUAAAUGCAAGUGUGCUUUGUUGUGUGUGUUGUUAAUCAUACUUCCUCUUGAUAUUGAUCAGGACAUUGCAGCUGAACUAUGCUGUAUCUAAGAGGUGGUUUUGUAUUCAGUGGACCCGUGA